CGCUGCAUUGGACCCGGUCCUCACCGGCGGAGGAGUCGGUCCCAGACUUCGCGUCCGCGGGGCUCGAUUUAUGGCCGGGAGCUCUGGCAGCUAAGUCUUCCCUGGAUGGAAAAUUUGAGCAACUACUAUGAGAUGAUGAAACAUGCCUGGGACAAUUACAAACUGUACGCCUGGGGGCUGAACGAGCUGAAGCCCAUCUCCAAAGGCGGCCACUCCAGCAGUCUGUUCGGUAACAUCAAGGGAGCAACUAUAGUGGAUGCCCUGGAUACACUUUUUAUUAUGGGAAUGAAAGAUGAAUUUGAAGAAGCAAAAUUAUGGAUUGAAAAAAAUUUAGACUUUAAUGUGAAUGCUGAGAUUUCCGUUUUUGAAGUAAAUAUACGCUUUGUUGGUGGACUGCUGUCAGCCUACUAUCUGUCUGGAGAAGAGAUAUUUCGAAAGAAAGCAGUGGAACUUGGGGUAAAAUUGCUACCUGCAUUUCAUACUCCUUCUGGAAUACCUUGGGCAUUGCUGAAUAUGAAAAGUGGCAUCGGGAGGAACUGGCCCUGGGCCUCCGGAGGCAGCAGCAUUCUGGCAGAAUUUGGGACGCUGCACCUGGAGUUUAUGCACCUGAGCCACCUGUCAGGAAAGCCCGUCUUCGCUGAGAAGGUCAUGAAUAUCCGAGCAGUAUUGAAGAAACUGAAAAAACCCAAAGGCCUUUAUCCUAACUACCUGAACCCCAGUAGUGGACAGUGGGGUCAACAUCACGUGUCAGUCGGAGGACUUGGAGACAGCUUUUAUGAGUAUUUGCUCAAGGCAUGGUUAAUGUCUGACGAGACCGAUCUAGAAGCUAAGAACAUGUAUUUUGAUGCUAUUCAGGCCAUCGAGACUCACUUGAUCCGCAAGUCCAGCGGGGGGCUGACCUACAUCGCAGAGUGGAAGGGGGGCCUCCUGGAGCACAAGAUGGGCCACCUGACCUGCUUCGCCGGGGGGAUGUUUGCUCUUGGGGCCAAAGGGGCGCCCAAAGCCCUGGCCCAGCACUACCUGGACCUCGGGGCUGAGAUCGCACGCACCUGUCACGAGUCGUACAACCGCACCUUCAUGAAGCUGGGACCAGAAGCCUUCAGAUUCGAUGGCGGGGUGGAAGCCAUUGCCACCAGGCAAAAUGAAAAGUACUACAUCUUGCGACCGGAAGUGAUCGAGACGUACAUGUACAUGUGGCGGCUGACUCACGACCCCAAGUACCGGAAGUGGGCCUGGGAGGCCGUGGAGGCUCUGGAGAGUCACUGCCGGGUGGCCGGGGGCUACUCAGGCCUGCGGGACGUGUACUUGGUCUAUGAGAACUAUGACGACGUGCAGCAGAGCUUCUUCCUGGCGGAGACACUGAAAUAUCUGUACUUAAUAUUUUCCGACGACGACCUUCUCCCCCUGGAACACUGGAUCUUCAAUACUGAGGCACAUCUCCUCCCCAUCCUCCGAGCAGAUAAAAAGGAAGUUGAAGUGAAAGAGAAAUAAAAGACAUUUUCUGUUUUCUUCUGCUUCAUUCCCUUCGCUGCAUACCUUAAGGGUCCUUUCCUGGUAAUCAGGCACAUGACGAACUUCUAUCAAUGAGUCUAUGGUUAUUCUAAGUUCUGAAGCUGUUUUGCAGUCUUCUAUGUUUACUAUGAGGCAGAAGUACAUCUAAGUUCCUCUUCCUUCCUUACGCAGCUAGUGAGUCAGAUUUUGUUUCUCUGGUUUGUUUGAGUGUCACUGCAGGUCAUCAAGGCGUGGUAUCACUUUCCUUAACCGCGUAGAACGCUAUUCCAGUGACCUCUUCAUUACCAUUUGAUUUGACUGCAAAACUUUUUCCUCCUCUGUGAGGAGAGGAUGUCUGCUUUAAGCUGUAAUGUUUUGCCAUGUUGCAAAAAGCCAUAAUAAUAAAUGAAAUAUUAAAAAGCUUUUUCCUUUUCAGUAUCACAUGAACAUGGUUUGUCUAUCCACCAGAGACAGAUGUUACAACUGUGACAGCGUCCUUAUGCGGGUCUAUCAUUCUUUGAUAGGAUGUCUCCUGAACACCCCUCACCUUGUACUUCAGAUUAGAAAGUCAUCCCCAGGGAGUCCUCAUGCUGACCUCAGUUCAUCGCGGCCACCGUACGUGUUGGUUGGUUGAUCACGUUGCUGUUUCCGCAUUGGGUGAAUUUGUUCUCACUUUGCUUUAAGUGUCCGGUGUCAUUUCUGGACCGCGGACUUCUUACUUCCUUCCAUUCCCCACUCCACAGCAAGGUGAGCUCUCAGGCUGUGCAGCUCCGCCACGGUGGAAGGACAUUUCUAAAGGGAAACCAUGUCCCUGUUAAUGUGCUCGCUUCUGCUCUAAACCAAAUAAGUAAAGCACUCGGGUCUCUAAAGAGAAGGUGAUGAUUUCAUAUGGCUGUUAGUUAUUUGUUUCCACUUCUGCUUAAAUUUUUUCUUAAAGAAAGAAGCAUUCCACGUGGUUCAGGCUUUUCAAGUUUGAAAAGGGUCUUUUCUCAGAUGCAGUAAACUAUUUCAUUUGAAAGCAGAAUUUCAGUAAGAGAAGCUCUGGCAACUUACUGAUUCAUAGUCAAUUAAAGAGAGUCAAAUAAACCCAAGCCAAAUAAGAAUAUAUUUAGGAUGGUUAAAUUAAACAUGAGGACUCUUAGAAACAGCAUAUAGGAAUGGACAACGCACAGUUUGUCCGCAGCCAAUCAAAAUAAUUAUUUGAUUCUUCUAAGCAUUAAGUUUUGAAAGAAAGAAGAGCGGUUUUCCCAAGAACAGAUCUGGUGAGAUCCUGUGUCUUCUUCCCGUACUGGUCAUGUUUCCGUGGAAGGCCCGGCCUGAAGCUGUGUGGACGAAGGCACAAAUGAAUGUCCACCCUGUGGUGGUGGACGGACCUCGCCACCGCCAGGGGCAGCCUGCAGCGUACAGAGUUGCUGGGUCACUGUGUUUGUAGUUUAAAAUGAUCCAGGGUCAGCAGUUUCAUAGGAUUGAGCCCAAUACUUUUAAAUCAGUUGUUUUCGUAGAUCUCUUUAGACAACAUUUUUAUCUAUUUCAACUUUUACAAUGUUUCAAAAGAUUUCCUUCGAUAGGACUGGUUUGUACGGCCUAUUUUUGUUUGUCUUUCAGUACGGACAUUCGUUUAUUAGUACAUCACUGUGGCCAUGUUAAUGCAUCUGUGACCCAAAAUAACUUCUACUCAUAGCUCAAGCUCCCCUAAAGAACUGACUAGACAAUAAGUCCUUCUCCCCAAAUGUUUAAGGCAAAAUACAGAAGAUAUGGCCCAAAUUGGUUAUAUGUAUUUAUAGUUCUCAUAGGAACAUCCUUGGAGUAGCGGUUACAUUAAUGGAAAUUUCUUCACAUUUCAAUGUGAUUCAGAGGUGCACACGAAGCCGACCCGCACCCCUGCAGCAGGCGGAGUGUGAGGUCGGGCUGUGUGACCUGCAGCAAGCCCCUCAAGCCCUGGCGAAGAGACAGGAAGCUGUGCUACGCGUCGCUCUGCCAAUGGGGAGAACAGGCUUUCAGUUCUAGAACUUGCCUUUUUUAAACUGAAGUCCCAAAACACCAAAAAUGUAAAUGAGAUAGGAGAUUAAUAUUAUAGUGAUGUAAUUUAAAGUUCUAUUUUGUGUUAAUUAUGUUAAACAACUGAAGUCUCUAGGGAGACACUGUCUUUCGUUCAUUUUCACCAAAACUGCAGUUAAAAUGACAUCCGUAUUCACAUCCUUAAAGGUGAGCAAUUUAAACCACUUAAUUUUGUGUUUACACAAUAUGUUUUGAUACAUUUUGUGCAAUCAAUAUUACACGUAAGUUGUACGCCAGUUUCAGAACUCAGUGAUUUCAUCAUGACCUCUUCAUUUGUAUUACCCACUUUUUACAUUGAUUGUUUCUGAUUUGUACAUAAAUCCAUCUGUCAUCUCAGACUUUAUAUAAACCUCUAGUGUUAUGAGAAACAUAAUAGAUUGACACAUAAUUUUUAAAAACUAUAUUUGUAAAAUUUCUCUAUUGUGAAUAAAGUCUGUUAAUAUAU